AUGGCUCUACCGAAUCUCCGCCGCCUCUUCGUCGAGGCGCGCACCGAGGCCGAGGAGAACGAAUACUCUCGCAAUGCGUUCUAUAAUCUAGCCCUCUUCAUUUCGUCCGUCGCCGUCUUCAGUCUCGUGGCGCAGCGGAUGAGCGGCAGCGGCGGCAGGAUGAUCAACUGA